AUGGGCUGUGGGCGCAUACACACAGGCUUCCGAAUUCGGUGUGUUCGCGCCUCACUCACUCACACGCAACCACAGAUGUACGCACGGUACCGUACCCGGUCGCGCUUCUACAAGCGCCCGGAGAAGAUGCUCAAGGCCUACAAUGUGAGCCCCAACCUUCUGCGUCUCCCCAAGGUGAAGCCGGGCCUUCUCAAAGGUAUCUACACUGACGAGAAGGUUGACCUGCGCGACCGCGAGAGGCUCGAACUGGUCGAGUCCAUCCGCCAUCCCAAAGAGCGCGACUUCUAUCAAGAUCACACCUACCACAACCAAUGGAUCGCGCGUGAGCUGGAGUCGCAUCAAAAAUUUCAGAUCGCGGGCCGCUACCCGUACUUCUCCCCAGACUACGAGAUCAAGCCGUGGAUAUGGUACCCGGGGGACACGGUCGAAGUGGUCUCGGGCGAGGGGGCCGGCCAACGCGGCGCCAUCAUCGCCGUCGUCAAGUACAAGAAUGAGAUUCUCGUGCAGAAUGUCAAUGUGCGGGACGUCGUCAUCCCGGCGAGCGAGACGCGACCGGAGCAGGUGGUACAGCGCGAACAUCCCAUCAGCGUCCUCCGCGUACGCCACGUGGACCCGUCCACGAAUCAGCUAUGCCACCUCGAGAUCGUGAAGGUCCGCAAUAAGGAAACAGGCGAGCUGGAGGAGCGGCGCAUCUCACUGGAAAGCGGCGCGCUGCUGCCCAUUCCGGCACCGGAGGAAACCGUAGAGGCGGGUGACCCGCUGAAAGACACGGCCAUCCAGGACGCCGACGAAGACACGUACGAUCGGGAGAAAGAGAUGCCGCUGCUGGUUGUGCGCCGGCUGCAGGCGAUGGAGGACUACUUUGUGGGCUCGCUGCGAAAGUCGUACGAGUAUCACAAGGCGCUGCAGGUGCGCAACGCGCAGGACAUGCAGACCUUCCAGAAGGAUGUGCUCGCUCGCGCAACAGAGAAGCUGGCGGCCGCAGCGGCCGUAGCGGAGCACGGUGCAAUGGCUGGUGCCGGCUCUCAGGCAGCCUCAGCGGCGACGGAAUCUUCGCAGGCAGGCGACGCUGAAGACGACGCUGUCAAGAGCACCAUCACAGCCGAAACGGUUGUGGCCGAAGUGCUCAAGUCCGAGCAGCGGUUUCACAGCGCUGCGGCCGCGCCGGGAAUGCCGGGGUGGUGGCAGGACAUGAUUAACUCGUACAUUUUAGUUCUUGAGGACGAAGAGGCAACCACUGAGGCCGAGGCAGCAGCGCAGGCACAGGCGGCAGAGGCGGAUCGCCGCGCUGAGCAACUCAUGGCCGACGCCACUGCCGAGGUGGGCCAGCCGAUGGCAGACGACGGGACGAUGGAAGGCGACGUUGGCGAAGGCGGCGACGAAGACCUAGACGAGUAA